AAGAGCAAAUCACGGGAGGUGGAAGAGGGGAGAGGGAGAGGGAGAGAAAAGAGAGAGCGGUGAAAACUUUGCGCACAGACCCAAAAAAAAGUACAGACAAGCUUUUCCCACCUAACACCCAGCAAACACAAACCAAAACAAAUAGGGAAGAGGAGGGGGAGAAAAAGGAAAGGAAAGGAAAGGAACCCAGAGCAGAGCCAGCCAGGAGAAAGGCAAUUUUUCACUCCGCACCGGGGAGCUGCAGCGAUCAUUUGGAACAAAACCGUUUGUCUGCUAACCCACUGCUUCGCCCCCAGCCCACACUCUGAGUCUACUAUGCUAUGUGUUGCUGGGGGGGGUUCAGGAGAUUCGUGGGGGAUCCUUGCCUUCCUGUGUGCCACGCUCUGGAACCUUCCUGUGGUGCCCGCAUUGAACAGCACGGACCAAGUGACCACCAGACAGUCCAUCCAGCAGACGUACGACCUCACUCGCUAUCUGGAACACCAGCUGCACGCGCUUGCAGCCACUUAUCUCAACUACUUGGGACCACCUUUCAAUGAGCCGGACUUUGACCCUCCCCGGCUAAUCGGGGCAGAGGCUGUGCCCAGCGCCACUGUGGACUUCCAGCUGUGGCGCAGCCUGAAUGACAAUGCACGGCUAGCGGCCAAUUACCGGGCCUACAGCCACUUACUGUGCUACCUGAGGACCAUGGAUGGAGCCACCCCAACCGCCAUGCCAACUUUACGCCACAGCCUGGCCCACUUCCGCGCCAGCCUGCAAGGGCUGUUGGGCUCUAUUGCUGGCAUCAUGGCUUCUCUGGGCUACCCACUUCCGCCUCCAGUGCCUGAUGGGACGCCUAGCCCGAACAGCCACUUCCUGCGGAAGAUGGAUGACUUCUGGUUGCUGAAAGAGCUGCAGACUUGGCUGUGGCGCUCAGCCAAGGACUUCAACAGGCUGCGCAAGAGGGUGCCGCCUUCUGCUGUUAUGCUGCACCUUGAAACGAGGGUCUUUUGACCCCUGCCCUUCACCAUUCUUUGUCUCA